AUCGGGCCUCCUUCAUGAACACGACAAAAUGGAUUGAGGAUGUGAGGGCUGAAAGGGGGAAAGAUGUCGUCAUUGCUUUAGUUGGAAACAAGACAGACUUGAGCGACCGCCGCCAGGUGUCUCCUGAGGAGGGAGAGCAGAAGGCUCGCGAGCAAGGCAUUUUAUUCAUAGAGACGAGCGCCAAGGCCGGGCACAACGUGAAGACCCUCUUCAGGAGACUCGCUGCUGCUCUGCCUGGCCUGGAGACACAGCAACCAGCAUCAGACGCCCAGAUGUGGGUGGAGCCGCUCUUCCAGUGGCGGAUAUCUGCAGGGUGUAACAAGCAUCUCGAAAAACACAGGAAUGCAAUGGAGGGAGCUUCACAGCAGCAGCAGCAACAGCUGCUACUGCUGCAGACGCAGCAGGUGCUGCUUGAGGAGCUACUGCAACAAACCAAGCAGCAGCAGCAGCAACAGCAACAGCAGCAGCAACAACAGCAACAACUCAGUAUACUAACGCCUCCUGUUGCUGCUUCUCUAGGUCCUUCUUCCACAGCGAAGAGCCUUACGGGGUUUACUAUGCUUCCUGCUGCCGACUCUGCUGCAACAUUAAAACCCCCUUCAUCUUUAUAUUAUAAAUCUGCUGCUGCUCCUAUGCGAGACAAGAGAGAUCCUGCAGCAGCAGCUUUUGCUGCUGCUCCUGCUGCUGCUGCUGAUGCUGUUGCGGAUGCUGCGGACCAGUCUUACGCUCUGCAGCAGCAGCAGCUACUGCUGCAGCAGCAGCAGCAGCAACAGCUGCUCAUGCUCCAACUCCUUAGCGUGAUGCAACAGCAGCAGCAGCAGCAGCAGCCGUUGCAGCUGCAGCAACAGCAGCAGCAGCAGCCGUUGCAGCUGCAGCAACAGCAGCAGCAGCAGUCAUUGUGGAGCUCUCAGCUUUGUAGCACUCCCACGGCAGCAGCAGCAGCACGGUCAGCAGCAGCAGCAGCAGCAGCAGCAGCAGCAGCAGCAGCAGGAACACCUCUGGUGCUGCAGUUUGAAAAGAAGCAGCAUUAUAUCUCCGCAGCAAUAGCUGCAGACGCAAGCGUUGCUGCUGCAGCAACAAAAGAGGGCGGCAUCUUCUCCUUCCAUCCCCCAGAUAUGCGGGCGCAACGGGUGUGCGUCGUUGGUCGCCCUGUAGGCUGUCUCUGUCUCCUGCCGUUGUCGCGGAAGCUGCGGAAGCAGCAGCAGCAGCAGCAGCAGCAGCAGGCUCCAGCAGCAACCUCCAGCAGCAGCAGCAGCAGCAGCAGCAGCAGCAGCAAGUUUAUGGUGGUUUGUGCUGUUAAGCAGCAGCUGCUGGCUGUGGGGCUGCAAGGGUUUGUCUUUUGGGUUGAAGGAUCUACGCAUGCACACGCUGUGCAGCAAAUAAAGCCUCUACCAGGCAAAACGUAA